AUGUCUCUGGGCCGUGGCGGAGCAGGGGGCACAGAGGCUGGAGGCGGAGACAAGGGAUCCUCUGUGCAGAAUGGAGGAGAUGGCCUGAAGACACUAGGAAGCUCUACAUGGCAUGUAGGAAAUGUUGAGGGCCUGAAGGACAUCAGCGAUAUCUUAUUGCCCAAUCUAUCUGUUGUGUUAUUUGGAAACUCUGCGGCUGUCCAGUUCGGAAAUGAAAACCUUCUACUAGGAGAAAAAGAGACGAAUAUGAAAAAUGCAGAAAUAUCCAGGAUUGUUCCUUUACAGGGGAAUAUAUCAGAAUGUCACAUCUCUGUGAUCAACAUGAUUGACUUACAUGAGGAUGAACAUGAGGAUAAUCUCAUUGGUCAAGUAGAGAAUAGAAGUGAAAUCCAUGCCUUUGUCUUUGUUGUGCGACUGGGCCAGUUUACAGAUCCUGAUAAGAUGGGUCUUGAGUGGCUUCAGAGAGUGUUUGGUGACAAAGUUCUGCAGUUUGUGAUGAUUCUCUUCACCUAUGAGAGAGAAGAAGAGUGUGACACAAUAAAAGAUGAUCUGAAGAAAGAUCCUGUUCUGGAGAAGCUGCUGGAGAAAUGUGGAGGAAGAUAUCAGACUUGCAACAAGAUGAUGAACAACCAGUCAGAGAUAAGACGCCUGAUGAACAAGAUUGAGCUUCUGUUUAAUGAGAAUAAACAGUGUUACACUGGAGAGAUACAAGAGACAGAAGAGCCGCAAAAGAAGACUGAUUGUGAAAGUGAUAAAGCCUCAAUCACGAGAGGAAGCAGUGAGUCCACCACAGCAACAGGGACAGAAGAAACAUGCGUGGUAAGAGCUGAGGCACCAGCAAACGAGUUUAGAACAAACAAAGAAACGAUUACAAGGUCAAAACCACUCCUACACAGACUUCAUCUUUACAAUCAUCAAAAUAAACUGAAAGCUUCAGAUGUUCUUCAGAUAUCUGCACACUCAUUACAGUCCCAUGAGUCUUGUGCUGAAGAGGAGCUGAUUCAGACUUUCAUACAAAAACUACUGAUGAUGAACUACAGAGCAAGAUACAUAAAAACUAAAGAGACCAACAAAGAAAAUUAUACAAAACAAAGAGACAAUGACUCAUCUGAUGAAGAGGGUGAUAUAUUCAAAGCAAUGUCUUUGUCUAACAAAGGAACAAACCAAUCUGAGCGAAUGAACCCGAUGGAUGUCCAGAUGGCCAUGUUUCAUUGUGCUGAUGGUUUCCUGAAGCAGCUGAUGGUCACUAAACUGUCCCAGUGUCAGUACGCUCUGCCUCUGCUUGUUCCUGAUUCAUUCACACAACAGAUUGAGUUUCCUCUCUGGACAUUCAGACAAAUCAACAAGAGCUGGAAGAUCAGAAACACCAACAAUGAAGCCAUCAGUCAAACCCUGCCGAUCUACAAGGCAGAAACUCCAAUGGUGUCUUUCUUCAGGUUUGGCUCUGUGUCUUCAUCCAAGUCUCAGCUGAUGAACAGUCUGAUCAAUGAGAAACACAACACGUUUUUCCACAGGCACUGCCCAGGCAGCAGCAGAACCAGAGUCCUGAUGGAUGGAGUGGUGGAGAUCGCCUGGUUCUGCCCCUCUGGAUCAUAUGAUGAUAAAUUCACUGACUGCAUUGCAUUCUGUAAUCUACAUGGUGAUGCAGGAAACCAUGAGAAACAGCUACAGAUCCUCACUGAAAUGGCCUCAGUCAAUGUUGUUCUUCUACCACAACUUCAGAGGAGAGACAGAAGUGCAGCAAUAAUCCAAAACCUGUACAAGGACAGAAAGCCACUCAUUUGUCUUUUUACUGAAGAUGAAUCUACUGUAGUUCAGAUGAAGAAAGGGAAAUUUAAAAUUGGUUUGAAAGACAGAAACCAGUCAGAUGUAUCUGAAAACCUCAGAAGAGCUAUAAAUGAUUGUCUCUCAGAAUCAUCAUCCACUUUCAGACUUGAAGAUGUGUCCAAACACUCAGACAUCAGAGUAGAUGAGGAAGAUGAUGAUGACUGCAGGAGAGGAAAAGAAGCAGCACAGAAGAUGAUGAGUAUAUUGGAUAAGAAACAUCUGACAGAAAUCAAAGAAUCAUUUCUGCCCCAUCAGGGUAAACUGUGGCAGCUGUGGAGUCAGAACAACAAAGAACUACAUCGACCUCGAUCUGAUGAACUAGAAAUUGAUAUAAGUCAAAAACAAGUCAAUUUAAAGAAAAUACGUGAGCAGCAGCAUGCAGUUAACAUAAAUACAUUUAUACAGUUGUUUAUUGAGGAAAUACACUUGCAGGCUGAGAAUAAGAUGUAUUUUCUUAAAUGGCUUGGAAUCUUCCUGGAUGAAUGUACCUCAAAGCAUAUUUCUGUUCUUCAUCACAAAUAUGAUGAAAAGUGGUCAGCAGUUAUAAAACUGAAAGGGAAUCAUGAUAAAUCUGAAAAACUCAAAGCUGAACAAACAGAACUUGAGAAAGUAUCUGAAGAACUUCAAGCAGCAACCUUCGGUUUGGAGCACAUCAUGAGGGAGAUCGGUCAGAUCUAUGAAUCAUGUUCAUCUGUGAAGAAGAACAAGAAAGAUCUGCAGGUUCACUUCACUUCUCUUCCGAGUCUUGCAGCAGAGAUGAUGAUCUCUGGAUUUCCACUGGAGCUGAUGGAUGGAGAUGCUGCUCAUGUUCCUGUGAUCUGGAUCUCUGCUGUUCUAGAUGAACUCAUCCAGAAACUGGGAGACCAAAGAGUCUUUGUGCUGUCAGUUUUAGGGAUUCAGAGCUCUGGGAAAUCCACCAUGCUGAAUGUCAUGUUUGGUCUCCAGUUUGCCGUCGGUGCUGGCAGGUGCACCAGAGGAGCUUUCAUGCAGCUGGUCAAAGUGUCAGACGAGAUGAAAACACAGAUGAACUUUGACUAUAUUAUUGUUGUUGAUACUGAAGGUCUUUGUGCACUAGAACUGGCUGGAAGAUCAACAAGACAUCAUGACAAUGAAUUGGCCACAUUUGUUGUUGGAAUUGGAAAUUUGACAUUGGUCAACAUCUUUGGAGAAAACCCAUCUGAGAUGCAGGACAUUCUUCAGUCUGUCGUUCACGCCUUCAUGAGGAUGAAAAAGGUCAGACUGAAUCCCAGCUGUGUGUUUGUGCAUCAGAACAUUACAGAUAUCACAGCUGAAGAAAAAAAUAAGGAGGGAAGGAGACGACUGCAGGAGAAACUGGAUGAGUUGACAAAACUUGCUGCUAAAGAUGAAGACUGUGAUGCAGAACGCUUCACUGAUGUCAUUGCAUUUGAUGUUCAGAAUGAUGUGAAAAUGAUGCUGAAAGACUUAAAAGACCGCAUUAAAGAUCUCUGGGACGCUUUACUGAAUGAAGGAUUCGUCAUCAGCUUCAUAAAUUCGCUGGAGAUUUUAGCCUAUAGGAAACUGGAGACUGAAUACAACAAGUGGUCCUGGAGUCUUCACAGUGCCAUGGUGGAAACUAAGAACAAACUACACAACAAAAUAGAAAAUGAAGCAAUUCAUGAGGUUGAGGAAACUGAUCUUCAAAGAGAACUAAAGAAGACAAGUGAAGAAGUGGAGAAAGCAAUGUCUGAAUUCUUUGAGAAAGACCCAGAUGCAGAUAUACUGAUUCAGUGGAAAACAUCAUUUGAAAACAAAAUCAAAGAUGUUCAGGAAAACUUUAUAAAAGAGACAAAAAGGAAAUUAAAUGAGAUUCAUCAGCAGCGAGACCUGAAGAAGAAGACUGAUGAUCAGAGGACACAUCAUGAAAACACUCUUUAUGAAAAGAGCAAAGAACUUGCCCUAAAUUUUAAAGACAAAACAAAUGAUGAAGAAACACUGAAAAAAGAGUUUGAUUUGCUUUGGGAAAUGUAUAUGUGUAAGACAGCAAACAAGAUGAUCACUGACCAGCACAGAAAGUUUAGAGAAGCCAAUGAUCCUGUCAUAUAUGUUAAGAAGAAGAGAGAAGAGUACUACAGUAUUUUCCAGAAAUACUGUAAUGGAGCAACAUCAGCUGCCAUUUUUUGUGAGAUCAUCUGUCAGAAACUGAAAGAGCCCAUUGAGCAGAGUGUCUACAAGAAGACUGCCAGAGAUCUGGCAGAUGAAAUGAGAUCAAACUGUGAAUCACUGAAUGGAAACAGAUCAAAUCUGGAGAAACACAUCCUGAAGACACUGGCAGAAGAGGAGGAUUUUGACAAAUACAUGAACUACAUUCAUAAACCAAGUGAUCACUUUAAGAGUUUCAUUAGAGAUGAAGUCAGUCGGUACAUCACUGAUAAGUUCAGUGUCAGUGUUUUACCCAAGAUGAAGGAGAACAUUAAACUCCUACAGCAGAAGAUCAUGGAAGCAGCACAUAAAUCUACUGAACAUGUUCAAGUAAACAGAGGAGAUGUUGGUUUGUGGUUGAAGAGUUUCACACAGCAGCUCUCAGAUGUGCUGAUCUUCUCUGAAAAAGACCUCAGUGGGGUGAAACAUGAUGAUGUUGAUGAUUUCAACCUCCUAAAUGAUGUAAUAAGAUGA